AUGUUGUUCUCCACGGCCGCGCUGCUGUCGUCGGGCCUCCUCCUCUCGCCGGCGCGCUCGCCGGCGGCGGUGGCGCCGCGUGCGCGCGCUCCGACCCUGAGCAUCGCGGUCUUCGGCGCGAGCGGCGGCACUGGAAGCGAGGCGGUUUUGCAGGCGCUCGAGCGGGGCGAGGACGUGAGCUGCCUCGUCCGCGACGCCUCCAAGCUCAAGGCGCCGCGCACGGCGGCGGGCUUCUCGGAGGGCUCGCCGUUUGCCAGCGACAAGCUCUCGGUCACUACCGGCAGCGUCACCAACAAGGCGGACGUCGACGCGGUCUUUGCCAGCGGAGGCGAGUGCUCUCCUCGGCCGUCCACGCGUGUGACGGGCGUGGUCGUGGCGCUCGGCGGCAAGACGAGCGACGUCGGCCCCACGAUGCUGCAGGACGGCACCGCCAACAUAGUGGCCGCCUGCAAGGCCAAUGGCGUGAAGCGCAUCUCGGUCGUCACGACGAUCGGCGCGGGCGACUCAAUGGACCAGGCGCCGUGGGCCUUCCGGCUGCUGAUGAUGACUGUGAUGUCGUCCAUCAUGAGCGACAAGAACGCGCAGGAGGCGGUCAUCACGUCGGCGGGCGCCGACCUCGAGUACUGCAUCGUGCGCCCGGGCGGCCUCAAGUCGGACCCGCCCACCGGGGUCGUCACCGCGGGGAAGGACCAGGACGCGGGCGCCAUCACGCGCGCCGACGUGGCGGCCUUCUGCCUCGACGCGGUCGUCGAGCCCGACUUUCAGUUCCUGCGGCAGGCCGUCUCCAUCUCGUCAAACAUGGGCAGCGGGUUCAAGUCGGUCCUCGCAGACAAGACCAAGUCGCGGAUGGCGAGCAAGUGA